UUGCCGAACAGAUGCCGAUUGAGGAUGGAACAUGUGAUUAUGACGUUGAUAAGAAUGAAGAAGAGGGAGAAGAAGUGCACGGGCAGCUUUGUUUAGAUUCUUGUUACUAUUUUCACAUCACAUCAAUAGUAGUCGUUAGUCAGGGGAUGCGACAUUGCAUCGGUUGAUUGAGCACUUGUUUUUAUUUCGAGUUGAUAUAUACUUGAUAUCUGCCCUAACCUUCCAUAUUCAUACCCAUCAUCCUUCGAUGUCGGCUCAUCGAAAAAAUUCGUAAAACGUUCCGUAGAAAAUUAG